UUUUGCGAUAAUGUUGUUUGUAGACCGUUUUAAUUUUAAAAUUUCAAUCCUAACUUGAAGUUUUAUGUUUUUCCCUUUGCUUUUAAAAACUAUACUUAGAAUAUAAACUUACCACUUUGUGGCACAUAAAUAUAAGUAUGAUCUUUUUAAAAAAGUAUUUACGCAAGUGAAGAAAAAUUAAAGGUAGAUACAAUCCGGGCAAGAAUAAUAUGCCCAGCAUAAUAAACAACGUUGAAGGAUCUAGACAAUCAAACGGUGGCAAUAUGCAACUGGAGUGUUUGGAGUUGGCGGGGUGCACCCUGGACCGGUACAUUAUAGUGGAUAAUUCCCGCCCUUCUUUUUUAGAGAUAACUGGCAUAGCAGCACAAAGAAGUCCAACAUGCAGUGGUUUGAAUGCUGGCGACUACAGAAACCUUGCAGCUAUACUCAACCAUCCAAAUUUAUCACAGCUCAAAAUAUUAAACAAAGUUCCUUUGCCACCUGAAAUAAUGGAACACUUUGCCCAUAUGCAAUGCCAUUGUUUGAUGGGAGUAUUUCCAGAAAUAAGCCGAGUAUGGUUAGCAAUAGAUAGCAACAUAUAUGUCUGGGCCUUUGAACAUGGCAGUGAUGUGGCUUACUUUGAUGGCCUAGGAGAGACCAUAGUCAGUGUUGGCCUAGUCAAACCUAAGGCUGGUGUAUUCCAAAAUUUUGUAAAAUAUUUACUUGUGUUAACGACAACAGUAGAAAUAGUAGUCUUAGGUGUAACAUUUUCUGCAAGUAAGAAUGAUGGAAGCGGUGAAUUUGAAGAAAUACAUUUAGUGCCUGAACCAGUAUUUGUUUUGCCAACGGAUGGUAUAUCAAUGAUGUGCGUGAAAUCAACUUCAGAAGGACGCAUUUUCAUGGGUGGCAAAGAUGGAUGCUUGUAUGAAAUAACAUAUCAGGCACAACUAGGUUGGUUCGGUAAACAUUGCAAGAAAAUUAAUCAUUCCACAAGUGCUCUAUCAUUUCUGGUACCUUCGUUCCUAAAUGCUGCAUUAUAUGAUGAGGAUCCUAUAGUUAAAAUUGAAGUAGACAAUUCAAGACAUAUAUUGUACACACUUAGUGAAAAGGGCUGUAUAGAGGUGUUUGAUUUAGGCAGUGAUGGAGAGAGUAUAAGCAGGGUUGUGAAAUUAACACAGGGAAAAAUUGUCUCUUGUGCUGUGGAUAUUGUAAAGACAUUAGAAGCAUCUAACUUUAAGCCAGUUAUUGCAAUAUCAGCUGUAGAAGAAUCAGAAUCGGACCAUUUGAAUCUGGUUGCUGUGACUCAGACUGGUGCCAGAUUGUACUUCAGCACUGGAAGUGGAGAUGCCAAUCAAAGUGGACCUCAAAGACCUCAGUACCUCACACUGCUGCAUGUCAGACUGCCUCCAGGAUUUACACCUAACUCAUCAGUUCUAAGACCUAAGCAAGUGCAUAGUGCUGUUUAUGAAAAUGGUUCCCUAGUAAUGGUAUGCUCAGCUGGAGGUGGUGGUGAGGCGGAGACAUUAUGGUGCUUGUCUCGUGUGCUGCCCAGCGGAAUGAGCUUCAGUGAAGCCCACACCGUGUUGGCGCUAGACGGGCCUGCAUGGGCACUCACUGCGCUACCCCCGCAGCAAGCCUCGCGGCUCUCACCCGCUUUGCUCUCUAAAAGAGAGGUGUGGUCGUGGUCGCGCUGGGCGGUGGUGACGGGCGCGGGCGCGGCGGUGCUGGCGGCGGGGGCGGCGCCCGACCUGCUGCGCACGCUGCUGCGCGACUGCCGCGGACCCGAAGCGCAGCCCGUCAAAGACUUCUUCCAAUUGCACAGUAUAGAACAGGCUUGCGCGUGCGCACUGUACCUGGCGUGCGAGGAGUCAACGAGCGGCGACGUGUCCGUCAGCGAGUGGGCGAUGCGUGCUUUCUUCCUCUACGGCAGCCAGCUCACGCCCGCGCCUGCGCACGCGCCGCUCUAUCAGCACCCCUCUCAGAUACCAUCCACUAUAGGUUCGCCAAAGUUCUCACCUCGGCAAAUGUCAACACCGAUGACGAUGCGAGGUCAAGAACAGAUCAGGCCCGGUCAAUUGAACCAGUCCUACCAGCAAGCUCAAAUGAACCAAUCCAUGGGUGUACCCAGUCAGUCCAUGAUGCCCCAGUCUCCGUUCCAACAGAACACAAUGAGUCCAGGAUUCAAUCAGUCAUCGUUUAUGGGCAACGUUAACCAGCAGCAGAGAGACCCAAACUUCCCGAUACAAAUGGAGUACAGUGCAAAACAUAACGGAUUAUAUAUUUAUGUUGGCAGAAUAUUAUCCCCAAUAUGGAAUCUUAAGUGUGUAUCCAUUUCACUCACGCCUGAUAAGAAAGAAUUUAUGAGCAGCCGUGUGACGGGAGAAGAUUGCGCCUACAUAGUGCGGAAGCUGCAGCGCGUGGCUUUGUUCCUGCAGCGGCCGCUGGGCCCCCCCCACACUGACGAGCACGCCUCCCUGCACGCCCUCAAACUAUUCAUAACGAUGGCGAUUGAAAUGUUAAGCUUAUGGAAAGUGCUGUGCGAACAUCAGUUCCACGUGAUUGCAGCAAGUCUUCCGCCCGAUCAGCAGAGCGCGCUGCAGGCAGCCAGCUUCAGGGAGCUUUUAGUGGGUGGACAAGAAGUGGCGUGCUUGUUGUUGGGAUCUCUUGUGGCCGGGUAUCUACGCGACAACGCCUCUGUUGAUGGAAUAUCGCAAAAGUUGCGUCAACUCUGCCCUACCCUCUAUAGACAAGAAGAUGCCACUUGCUCGAAGGCUAAUGAAUUGUUAAUAUUUGCUAAGCAACAAAAGAAUCCAGCGGAAAGAGAAGAAAUGCUGCAACAUGCCCUAAAGUUGUGUAAGGAUGUGGCACCAAACGUAAACCUGCCGUUAAUUUGCUCAAAGCUGCUAUCAGUAGGAUUUUACUCUGGCGUGGUGGAGUUGUGUGUGGCGUGCGCUACAAAGAUGGACCCACAGGACAAGGCUGUGCACUACUACAAGAGCGACCAACCCUCGCAAGAUAGAGAAGGACAUCUAGCUUACUAUAGAAGGAUGGAGAUAUACCGGGAGGUGUGCGGCGCGCUGGAGCGGCUGUACGAGCGCAGCGCGGAGGCGGCCGGCACCGACCUCUCGCUGACGCCCACAAGACUCAACACCUCCGCUGCCGACGCCACGCUGACACUAUCACCGGCUGAUGCUAAUUAUCAGGGAAGAAAACUAGUUUGGGAAUGUUUGUCACGUGACGACGAAUUGCUACAUGUAGCGGUAUACGAGUGGCUUGUUUCUAAGAACCUAGGUUCAGAGUUGAUAUCGCUGGGCGCGUCCCCUCCGGCGUCGUUACGCACAUACCUGCAGCGUGCGGCGCGCGCCGCCUCGCCGCCCGCUGCACUGCAGCUGCUAGACUUGCUCUGGAAGGUUCUUGAGCGCGCCGGUGAACAUCUGGCGGCUGCUGAAGUGCUGGAAGGACUCGCUACUAGACCUGGUUCGGGUGCGACGCUAUCCCAGCGCAUGUCGUGGUUGUCUGCGGGCGUGGUGUGUGUGCGCGGUGCGGGCGGCGCGGGCGCAGGCGGCGGCGGCGAGCUGCUGCGCCGGCUGGAGGAGGCGAGCGAGGUGGCUCGUGUGCAGGCCGCCGUGCGCAGCGCCGCCGCCGCCAAGCGCCCCGCGCCCCCGCCACAUCUCAUGCGACGGCUGGAUGAUGAACUUCUAGAGGUCACACAGCUGUACGAAGAAUACGCGGACCGCUACAACCUAUGGGAGUGCAAGUUGGCGAUAGUGCAAUGCUCGGGACACAACGACGCGCUGCUAGUGGAGAACAUCUGGAGCAACAUCCUGGCGGAGGCGGAGGCGGUCGCCCGCAACCUCCCCACGCCCGACGAGCGCCUCGCCUCCGUACUUAGCAAGUUCACUACCUUGGGACGGGAGUAUGUCAAUACCGGACACUGCUUCCCGCUUUAUUUUAUUGUCCGCCAAUUAGAAAUAAUGAGUUGCAAAAUGCAAGCUGACAAGAGUAUGGUGUUUAAAGCUGUUCUGAAUAUAGGAGUAUCUCUGGAGCAAGUGCUCGAUAUUUAUAUUAAACUGGUGAGCGUGAACGAGCGCGUGUGGCUGGGAUGUGGGGAUGAGUCGCACGUGUGUGGUGCAGCUGCUGCGCUGCUGACGGCUGCUCGGAGUGACGUGGCCAGUCUGCCUGCAGCACCUCGCCGCCGCGCCCUCGCCCGCUGCAAGGACCUGCACGAGGCCGCACUCUCCGCGCUGCAGUCCCGACCGAAUACGAAGCAUCUAAUUGACAAGCUGACAGUGGCGCAGGCGUAUUUAGAUCGAAUGGAGUAGCAUAUUACCUAAACAAUUAUCACACUUUGUAAUUUGUCAAUCAGAAUUCUACCAUUUUUUAUAAUAAGAUUUUUUCGACGAUCCUUUAUUUUUGUAUUGAAAUGAAACAAUAGUAAAAGUUGACAUUUAAUUUAAUAACUGCAUGAAUGAAGUUUUAUUCAGAACGUAAAAGUUUCUUACAAAUAUAUACAUUGGCGAGAAAUAUUGAUUACAUAUAAUAUGGAAUGGCAGUAAAUUAACAAUAUGUAUAUUGUCAGGACAUCGAAUCGUUAAAAAAUAAUGUUUGAAAAAAUUU